AUGUCGGGAACAGGAGUUCCCCCCAUCAGCAUCGAGGGCACUGCUGACUGGUCAUCCUUAAGCAGGAUGAUAAACAACAGGGGGAUCCAAUUCUCCAAGGCGAGGACGGCGGGUAACAGUGUGAAGGUGUUCACAAACACACCAGCUGACUACCGUCAGCUAGUCGCACUGCUCGACUCCAUCAAACGGCCCUUCGUCACCUAUAAACUGAAGGAGGACAGGAUGGACCAGAGGGUCAUUCGUGGACUACCCAGGGAGAUGUCAGUCAAUGACAUCAAAGAGGAUCUAGUGAGCCAAGGCAUCGCAGACGCCGAGGUUCAGCAGAUGACCUCAAGGACCACCAAGAAGCCACUUCCGCUCUUCCUCGUCAUGACGAAGAUGCCGGAAAAGCUUCUAGAGAUCCAGAGGCUGGCCAUGCUCACGGUCAGCUUCGAGAGAAAGAAAAAGUCCACCGAGCCCAGCCAAUGUUACCGCUGCCAGCGGUACGGACACACGCAGCGAAACUGCCGUCUCGCUGAACGGUACGUAAAGUGUGGUGAGGACCACAGCAGCACCAACUGCAGUCUGCCGACGCCGCCAACAGGGCAACGAAAUGCCAAAUGCUGCCUUUGCGAAGAAGGACACCCAGCAAACUAG